AUGACUGAAUCUCGGGCCGUUUGCCCGCAUUGCCCCGGUUCCUCAAGGCAGUUUGUUGUCCCACGGGGUUUAAAUGUCCACAUUAGUCGGGUACAUAGGGGCGCGCUCCCCCACCGGUCUCAGGCGACUGCGCAAGAUGGGAUCGACGAUGGCCCGCCACAAAGUCCACAAUCAGCGCUGGGCAACCUUUCUCAAUUACGCAGAAAUGUUCGCGUGUUGAAACAUGUCCCGAAAGGUGCGAGAAGUUUGGCGGCGAGUAAAUUAUCUCAAUUAAUUGAGAGAUGUGUGCAGUCGAAUGAUACCGGUGAUUGGUACGCCCUGCUUAGUUUCUCUUAUACCUGCUUGAGAGUCCCAUGCCCUGGCGAUAAAAGUCGAUCCCUGACCUCAAAAGUAAAGGCCAAUAUUUUGGCUAGCGAUUUGGGCGACUCGCUUUCACAAAAUGUGGCACCGUCGAAUGUAGUGGUUGGCCGCCGCGCACUUUACAGAGCUGUGGAAACCAAGGUCCAUGAUGGGGAUCUAAGCGGUGCGGUAAGAAUCCUCUUGUCUGACUGCUCCAUUGCGGAGAACAACGAGGAGACUUUAGAGGCUUUACGCCUCAAGCACCCGGCGCCUGGACGUCCUUUGAAUUUCCCGCCUGAGCCUGCCUCGUCUGAUGAAUACCUGGUUGUGGAGAUGGGUGAUGUUGCGCGUGCUAUUGGCUCAUUUAAUAAUGGCUCUGCGGCGGGGCUAGACGGUAUUCGGCCCGAACUGCUGAAGGAGUUGACGUCGUCAGGCGCUGGAGACAACGGUGCCACUCUGCUGCAAUCUAUUUGCAAUCUGUCAAAUUUCCUGCUCAGAGGUUUGGUCAACAGGGAAGUUUGCCCGUUUUUAUAUGGCGCUUCCCUGUGUGCUUUAAAAAAGAAGGACGGCGGCAUCCGACCCAUCGCGGUGGGCAGUGUACUCCGGCGUUUAGUCGCCAAGCUGGGGUGUGCCGCAGUGAGAGACGUUAUGUCCCAGCGUUUGCAGCCUCAUCAGUUGGGGUUUGGCGUACCCUUGGGCUGUGAAGCUGCUAUACACGCGACACGGUCUUUCGCGUUUUCCCGCGAUGGUUCGGAUGACGUGAUCAUCAAGGUUGACCUCAGGAACGCCUUUAACACGGUUGAGAGGGACAUAAUUUUGGCGCGGGUUAGAGAUCAUACCCCAGCGCUGUACCCUUUUCUCCAUCAGUGCUAUUCGAAACCAAGUAAUUUAUUCUAUGGUGAUAGCCUGGUGGAGUCAAGGGUGGGUGUUCAACAGGGCGAUCCUUUAGGCCCUUUGAUCUUUAGCCUGGCCACCCAAGAUGUUGUGGCUCACUUGCGCUCUCCUCUCAACGUGUGGUAUCUAGAUGAUGGUACCUUGGGGGGCAGCCCAGAGGUAGUUUUGGCUGACAUUGAGACCCUGAAACAGGGUCUCAGUAACUUGGGACUGUGCUUGAACACACAGAAAUGCGAGCUGUUUCCAUGUUCGGGGCAGCUGCCUAGCGAUACCCGCAUGCGAGUGGAAGCCGCGGUCCCGGGGGUGAAUUUGUUAGUCAAAUCGGACUUCACUCUUCUGGGUGCUCCCAUCUUUGCUGAGGGUGUUCCUGAGGUCAUCCUUUCCAAACUCAGGAAUUUGACAGACACUAAGCCCCACCUCAAGCAGCUCUCUGCGCAUGUGGCUCUAACCAUUUUGCGCAGCUGUUUGUCCAUCCCAAGGCUGACAUAUACUCUUCGUACUGCGCCGGUCUGGCUGUGCGGAGAGGAGUCCUUGAGGUAUGACAACAUGCUCAGAGAGUUGCUUGAGAGUGUUCUCAACGUGGGGAUGUCAGACCUCCAGUGGUCUCAGGCGGCACUACCCAUCAGGCAUGGGGGUUUGGGCAUUCGUCGCCUUCAGGACAUCGAGCUGCCGGCUUUUCUGGCCUCGGCGAGCGGGGUGUUGGAGUUAGUCACUCGUAUCUUACAAGUCAAUGGUGAUGACUUUAGCAUUCCGUUCGCUGAAGAGGCCUUGAGUCUCUGGCGUGCUCGUUGUCCUGGCUGUGAUGAUCCCGACUUUCCCGAGCGACAGCGCGCUUGGGAUGAGGAGAUCUGCCGAGUAUCCCUCGAUGGCCUCCUAGGGCAUAGCUCGGGGGCUGAGCGUGCGCGUCUGCUGGCUGUAUCCCGCCCUGAGUCCGGGCUGUGGCUUCACGCUUUGCCAUCGCCGCACUUAGGGACUUUGUUAGAUGACAAUUCCUUGCGUGUGGCGGUGGCACUUCGUCUGGGCUGUGACGUAUGUCAGCCGCAUCGCUGUGUUUGUGGUGCAAACGUUGACGUGCAGGGGCGCCAUGGGCUUCAUUGUGUCCGAAGUGCAGGCAGAAUCUCACGGCAUCACGCAAUAAAUGAUAUCGUUCGGAGGGCUCUCAUUUCUGCUGACAUUCCGGCGGUUCUUGAGCCGCCGGGGUUGAGUCGCAGUGAUGGGAGGCGUCCGGACGGUCUCACCUUGAUACCGUGGGAGAAAGGUCGGUGCCUGCUCUGGGACGCCACAUGCGUCUGCACAUUUGCCCCGUCCCACGUGGGGCACACUGCUGGCACGGUGGGUGCGGCUGCCGAGGCGGCCGCACGACAGAAGUGCGUCAAAUACGGCCAGUUGAUUGCGGGUGGCUAUAUUUUUGUGCCUCUUGCCAUUGAGACCACUGGGGUUUGGGGGGAACAGGGGAGGCAGUUCGUCAGGGAGAUUGGGCGACGCUUGAGGAGCCGCGGUUUUGACUACCGCUCUGGGGCGUACCUGGCACAGAGGAUCUCCCUUGCCGUGCAGCGCGGCAACGCAGCUAGCGUUAUGGGGACUUUUGGGUCGGGUGCGUCCUGGGGUGGUUUAUUUAGCUAA